CUAUGAAUGCUUUGCGGUCCCACCCUGUGUGAAGGAAACUGCUCUUGGCUGUGCACUUUUCUCUGGAGCAACGUGAAGACAGGCUUUUGGCCUUAAGGACACAAGCCCAAUCUUGGCCAGAAACUGUUUUCUGUCCUCCAAACUGAAAGCUGAAUAAUCUAUGAUCUCUGAGAUCACAAUCAAUGGUCUAAGGGAAGCAGACAAGACCAUGAAAAUUACAAUCCAUGGUGUGUAGCAGAUGUUUAACAACUCUCAGAAGAGGAAAACUCCUGGUUUGGAAUUUUGUCAUUUGUGGGGAUCAAACCCAGGGCAUGCUAGCCAUGGACACAAGCAAGCAGACCCCUGAUGAGCCUCUCCUCAGAAGCAAAAGGAGGCAAGAUCUUCCAGAGCUGCUCAGAGAAGUGGGACUGGGAGUUGAGUACUGGUUGAUCAAGCUGAAGGAAGUCCUGGGUGUGACCUGUGCCCAGUCAUUACAAUAUUUAAAAAGAAAAGACCUCCAGAAGCUGAAAUCCCAGAUACAAUAUCCAUGGGAGAAAAGGGCCCUGGAGAAGCUGCUUGACCUGUCCCACUCAAAUAGUCUUGCAGAGUUACAGGAGUCACCAGUGGAGAGGAAAAAGGAGAAGCAGGCAGAACAAGCAGUGAAAGAGCUGAGGAACUUGCUGUCAGAAGGGAGACAGAGACAGGAAGAGGCAGUGAAGAGAAAGGAAGCAAAGCUGAGGCAAGCCAUGGAGAUCCCUGAAGAGAACAGGCUGAAGCCUCCAAAGCCCCUCAGGGAAGUCAUGGAAAUCAUGAAGAGAACAUUCAGUCCCACGGAGCAGACGUCAUCCCACAGGCCAAACCUCCCAGAUAGAGAUCUGGUAAGAUGGGCAUCUGGAGGGCUGGCCCUGCAGGGAAUAUACAAAACCUGCCACCACAUGGACCUGAUACAGAGGAGAGAGGAGCUACUCAGUGUCCCCAAGGAGUUCUCACUCCUUGGAACUCAGCAGGGCACAUUGAUGAAAUCUGAAGAAUUUACAUCUUCUCAAGCAGAAGUCAUGUUCACCCAGUCUAUGGAGAAUUUAGGCUUCAGUUUAACUACUUCAGCCAUGGGUGGAGGUUGGGGAUUUAGUUUAGAAACUGAACUGGAUAAAAGUAAACAUUCAGAAUCUAAGGAAACCCACCUAACAAAUUCGGAGUGCUCUUAUUUCUGCUCAACCAAGUUCAGAUACACUCCCAUGGCAGCCUGCCACUUCCCCAUUGAUCAACUCCAGUUGUCCCAUGCUGCUCUUCAGGAAUUGAAAUGCCUUGAAGACCUUCUGGAUCAGACUACAGACCCUCAGGAAUCCCAGGUGCUGAAACAGUGGAGUGAAAGAUUCUUCCACAGGUUUGGCUCUCAUGCUAACCAAGGCCCUCUGCACCUGGGAGGAAUCUACUGGUGGAAGGCUGUCUCAAAGGGGUUCCAAAGUGAUCAGCUUGUUGAUAUAAAGCAGCAGGCAAUAGAAACCCUGAAUAUUUACAUAAGUUGUGGCUACAGUGGCUUUGGAGCGAAUGUUGCUGCAGGUAUGAAUGUGUCAGACUCACAUUCAAAAGCAGAUACUCAGAACAAAACUUUCCAAAAUCUCCAAACCAAAUUCCAAUUAUCUGUAUCCAAGACAGGUGGACCACCAGAAGCAGAUGACCUUGCUCAAUGGAAAGCUGGCCUUGUUGCCAGCAAUCAAACGUGGUGUGUCAUUGAUCGGGGAAUUCAACUGGUACCCAUUUGGGACAUCAUCCUCUCCAGAUACAGAAGUGAUUUUACGGAUCCCCUUAAGAUGGCUAACUGCCUGAGAGACAAUUACACUUCUCUGACUGGUUUCUCCGCACAGAUCCAAGAGGGAGAGGAGUUACUGAAAAUUAGGCAAGAGGUUAGAGUUUUCCUAGAUGGUGUGAAGUCCUGGGUGGUGUCUGAUCCUGAAAAACAACUUCAAAAAAUGAUAGAUUUCAUGCAAAUAUUGAGUCAAAAAACAAAAGGUGAUGAUACUUGGAUUAAUCUAUGCCUCACAGAUAAAGAUCUGCAGACCUUUUUAGUCAAUACUGUCAACUUUUGCAAAAUGUCUUUCAAUUAUAAAACAAAAUGUAUUAAAAUGCUGUUGGGUAUUCUUCUUGAUCCUCACAUCUACAAAGUGGAAAACUUUCCUCAGAAUCACUCCAUUAUGCACUGGAUCAACCAGCCAGAGUCAGAAGAAGAACUUGUCAAAUGCUUCCAAUUUUCUGAAUUUAUUAAUAUUAUAAAAGAUACACAAAAUGAAGUCUUGGAAGUAAAGGUAAAAUCUGAGUCUCCAGAAUCAGUUGAAAAAGUUCAAAGAAAGGCCACAUAUAAGGUCAGCUUGGCUCUCAACAGCUUCUUAAAUCACCUCCAAGCAACAGAGCAGACAGACACACAGCUCUUGUUACUUUCCAUUGCAGCUGGUGCAGGAUAUCAGGUGAAAAGUAAUAAUUUUCAACAUCUUUUGAGCCAUUAUGAGUUAAACUUCCUUCUGGAUAAAAUGCAAACUGCCUACAAUAAAUACCAGCAGCUGAAAACCACUUCUAGCUCCAGGGCACAUGCAUUUCUGGUGUUCACAAGUCUGACAGCCACAGCUGGUGUCACAGUUAUUUCACCAGAAGAGAAGACAAAACGCAUGGAAUUUAUAACAAAACAUAUGGACCAAUUAUUUUCUGAAGAAGUUGUGCAUGUCCUCACUAAAUGUGGGGGAGAUCAUGAUUGGGAAAACUUAGAAAGAGACUUGAGUCUACUCAUUGAUGGAGAUUAUGAAGCUACCAUCUCUUCUGUGAAAAUGGAUGAGGUCAAAAGAGAGCUACAAAGUCUUCUUGAUGAAAAGAAACAGCCCUGUGAACCAGAAACUAAUACAAAUAACACACAUGAAAUAAUAGAAAAUGGAGCUUUCCUGGACUUACUCCAGCGUCUUGGCCUAGAACAUUACUACCCAAAAAGGAUGAGUAGAGCUGACUUCCAUCUGAUCUACAAGCCUUCUGUGUGCAACACUCAGCCCAAAUCUGAACAGGAACUUCCCUUUUAUUUCCUUCAGAAGCUACUGAUGCAGGAUUAUAGAUUGAGAUACCAGGUUUUCAAAGAGGAUGGAAACAUAGAACAUCAGGUCUCUCCAAGUAUUUCUAAUCAGGAAAAUGAAGCUAGUAAUCCAUAUGAAGACUUUUUUGAAGAUGAUGAUAAUCCCACUAAUACUUUGAUCAUUGAGUCCAAGCCCCACAUUCACCCCAUGGAUAUUCAGAUGGCCAUCUUUCACUGUGCAGAUGAUUUUGCCAGACAAUACAUUUUAACCAAACUUUCCAUUUGUCAAUUUGCCCUGCCCCUCCUGGUGCCAAAUCCCUGCACUUCUCAAAUUGAAUUUUCUGUCUGGUCUCUCAGACAAAUUAGGCGAAGUUGGCAGCAAGCAAGGGAAUCACCACAAGGGAAGAUUAGUCACCAAAGUCAGCAGAUGUGUCGUGUCUCCACUCCCUUUGUGUCCUUUAUUAGAGUUGGCAGUGGCCUGUCAGCUUCCAAAUCUCAGAUCAUGAACUGUCUUCUCAGUGAAUGCAAACAUGAUGUGUUUUUCCACCGAUACUGCAGAGAAAGCAGCAAGAACUGCCUCUUGAUGGGGGGUGUGGUGGAAAUCUGCUGGUUCUGCCCUGGUGGGGAAGAGGAAGACAGGUUUGACAACUGUGUGACCUUCACCAAUCUUCAUGGAGAUGCAAAGGAACAUAAAAGGCAGCUCACUUUUCUGCAGGAGGUCUCUUCUAUCAUUGUGGUCCUCAUGUCAGCUUCUAAUGACAAUGAAGAAAUCCGAGCAGUUGUUAAUGACUUGUGGCAGUCCUCAAAAUCAUUGAUCUGCUUGCUUGAUGACAAAGAAAAAUCCAAGUCCAAUUAUUCUGAUAGAAAGGUGAAAAUUGGUAUGAAGAGCAAAAAUGGUGCAGAAUUGACAGAGGAACUCACAACUGCCAUCAGACAUUUGCUAAAGUUCUCUGACACUGCUCUCAGCAUAGAGGACUGUUGUCAUAUUGCUUACCAGAAAGGAUUUUUUAUUGAUGAAGACCAGAGUGAUUUCAAGGAAGUCAAGAAAAAGGCACAAAUUAUAAGGGCUCUCCUAGAACAAACGGAGUUGACUCAAGUGAAGGAAAAUUUCCUUCCCCUUCAGGGACAACUGUGGCAUCUUUGGUGUAAGAAGGACAAAGAAAUGUAUCACCUAAGAGAAAAGGGGAAUCGAAGCAUUGAACAACACAAGAGUGAGAUUGAGACAGAUAAACAAAGAAUAAGGCAACAACAAUUGGAAAAAGCUUUUCCUCUAAAAGAUGUAAUGAAAUUUGUGCUUCAAAUUCUCUACAAGUAUUCAGAAACUCACACUUUACUCUACUUCUUACAAUGGAUGAGUAUGUUUUUGGAUAUCCUGACUGCAGAGCAUUUGAAAAACCUGAAUGAAACAUUAAUUAAUUUGUUUUCACACAUACAAACAGAAAAGCGAAUAUCCCAAGACAGCAACUCUUUUAAACUCUUGCAACAUCGAAUAGAAUCCAUCUCUACCAAGAUUAUUAAUUGUACCUUAGGAAUUGAGCAAUUUCUCAGAGAAAUUGGCCAGAUCUAUGAAGCUCUGGAAGAAACUUCUUCCACAAGAGAUAUACUUUUUCUCUUCCUUCCCCAAAUUGCUGCAGACCUGAUGACAUCUGGUGUCCCCAUAGAGCUGAUUGAUGGGGAUACUUCCUAUGUGCCCCUAAAGUGGGUGGCAGCUGUUUUUGACAAGCUCUCUGAGAAACUGGGAGACAAACGGCUCUUUGUUCUCUCUGUCCUUGGCCUGCAGAGCUCUGGAAAGUCCACCCUACUGAAUGCUCUUUUUGGGCUGCAGUUCAGUGUAAGUGCAGGCAGGUGUACCAGGGGGGCCUACAUGCAGCUCCUAAAGGUGGAUGAGUCAUCAACAGAGGAACUUGGCUUUGACUUUGUGCUGGUUGUAGACACAGAAGGACUUCGGGCCCCAGAACUCAGCAACAAAUCCCAGAAUUGGGACAAUGAGUUAGCCACCUUUGUCAUUGGACUUGCAAACUUGACUCUGAUCAAUAUAUUUGGGGAGAAUCCAUCAGAAAUGCAAGACAUCCUACAGAUAGCUGUCCAAGCCUUUCUGAGGAUGAAACAAGUGAAAAUCUCCCCAACUUGCAUAUUUGUGCAUCAGAAUGUAGGAGAAGUGACAGCUAAAGACCAAACUAUGGAUGGACGAAGGCAAUUAGAGCAGACGCUAGAUGAAAUGGCAGCACUGGCUGCUAAACAAGAAGAGUGCUCAGAUGUAACCUGCUUCAAUGACGUCAUCAAGUUUGAUGUCAAUACUCACGUGUACUACUUUGCUCACCUCUGGGAGGGCAAUCCCCCCAUGGCCCCUCCCAAUCCUCGCUAUAGCCACAAUGUCCAAGAACUGAAAAGUAGAAUCCUUUUGACUGCCAAACAGGAAUCCAGAGGAAGUAUCAUGAGGAUAUCAGAUGUAAAAUUCAGAGUUCAAGAUUUGUGGAGAGCCCUGGUAAAUGAGAACUUCAUUUUCAGUUUUAGGAACACCCGAGAGGUCAUGGCCAUGAGCAAACUAGAAACCAUGUAUAACCACUGGACCUGGGAACUCAGGAGUCAUAUGUUGGACUUUCAGAACCAGCUUCACAAUCAGAUUCAGAAUAGAAAAAUUCUGACACUUACAGCAAGCAUGAUUGAGGAUCCAGUUGUAAAGAAAUAUGAAACCAUCAAGCAAGAAUUUGAAAAAUAUUUUACUGAAGACACAGAGAGCUAUAUACUCAUCCAAUGGAAAACCCAUUUUGAAAAUAGGCUGCUAGUCCUUAAAGAGUCACUUAUUUCGGACACUAAAAGAAAAGCCAAUGAACUUAUUUGUCUCAAAGAAAGUCAAGAACUACUGGAAAAGAAAAAGAAGGUAUAUCAAAAUGAAUUACUGGAUAGGAGCCAAAAAUUGGCAUUAAGUUUCAACGGUGAAAAAUUGAGUGAUGAAGAUUUACGUGAGAAAUUCAACCAAAUUUGGGGAAAAUGGGUCUGUGAAGUGUCCUCAAAUGUCCCUCAAGCCAUAGAACCUAACAUUGAUGUGGAUGCUGAAAACAUCCUUUUAGAUCAUUUCAAAAAGGAGAAAAACAUAGUAGAAAAAAUAAAGAGAAAUACUAGAGAGGAUUUUCAAAUAGAUUUUGUAAAACAUGUCAAGAUUUGUCCAGAAUAUUGCACUUUCUCAAAGAAUUUAGAGGCCUGUGAUAAAGUGCCCAUUAAUAUGACUACUGAACGCAUUUUUUCAAGAUUUGAUGAAUCUAUUAACAGCAUUUGGAGUCACCAACGUGAUUAUCAUCAAAAUGACUUCCAUGAAAUCCUGAGAGUAGUAGAAAAUGAAGUGAAUUCUGCACUCACUAAGGACAGAUAUAUAUUUACCGGUGAAUACAAAAUUGAAUUAUGUUGGUAUUUAUUUUGUAGAGCAACAAAACAUUUUAAGGAAAUGCACAGAGCAUUCAAAAUAGCAAAUGAUCCUGUAAGGUAUCUAGAAAACAAGAAAGAUGAUUUUUUCAUGAGUUUCAAGAUCUUCUGCCAAGGUGCAACCUCCAUCACGUCUUUUGUUGAUUUUCUAUGGCAGAAGCUCACUCCUGCUGUCUCUGACACCAUAUGGGGGAAUAUGUCCCUGAAAAUAACUGGGGACAUACAAGCUACCUGCCCUGCAUUCAAUGGAAACAGGGCUAACCUGGAGAAACACAUUCUCAUCUCUCUAGCAGAAGAAGAAAAUUUUGAUAGUUAUUGGCAAUACAUUCAUAAUCCAGAAUCAUUUUUCAGGACUUACAUUAGAAACAAAACCACAAAGUACUUUUCAGUCAACAGAGGUAAAAAUAUAAAGACAUUUUUAAAAACAAGUUUGGAGGACAUCAAGUCUGCCAUCCUGUCUGCCAUUCAUGAAUCCACAGCAGUAGCUAAAAAUAAAAGCAGCAUUGCAUCUGAGUGGCUGGAUUUAUUCUGUGACUAUCUGGGGAACAAGCUGAUCUUCCCUCGAAGAGACUUGAUAAGCAUUGAGCACCAGGAAAUAAAAGAUAUGGAGUUUCUCAAAGAAGCCAUGAGUGCAGCUUUGGAUCCUGCAAUGAAAAAAGUAGAAGAAAUUUUUUCAAGUAGGAAUAUAGAUGAAAUGGUUCCUGAAAUUGAGAAAACCCUCUCUGAACAUCUCUGUGGUUGCUGGAAACAGUGCCCAUUCUGUAAAGCAAUUUGUACAAACACAAUUCCUGAACAUGAUGGAGACCACAGAGUUUCAUUUCAUCGUCCUCAGGCUAUCAAUGGAUGGCAUAAAUAUAAAUCAGAGGACUUUGUCAUUGAUUGUUGUACUAGUUUAGUAGCAAGUGAUUCUUCAUUUAUUUUGAGAGAUGAUCAGAUAUUUUUAUAUAAGAAAUAUCGGCAGGCAGGAGGGGAUUUUGCCACAUGGAGCAUCACCCCAGAUUCAUCCACCCAACCAUACUGGAAAUGGUUUGUCUCUCACUUCAGAUCAAAGCUAGAAGAAAAUUAUGAGAAAAAAUUUACUAACCUUGGUAAAAUCCCUGAUGAAUGGGCAAAAAUCACAAAGCAGGAUGUGCUCAAUGAUUUGAAUAAACAAUAAUCCUCAAUGACCACAUAAGAUUCUUAGUAUCUGAACAAUGUCACAGUAUAUAUCAACCUUAAAACACAUCCUCCUUACAACUAGAACUUUAAAUAUUCCACUUUGUGAAUGAAAUGUGUAAAAAGAGAUCCUUUAUCACUUCAAGAUUUAAGAGUUCCUGAAAAAGUAUUUAAUAUCUCUCUUCCUCAAUUCUGUCUGGAUUAGAAAGAAAUUACUAAAAUAGGACCAUAUGACAAAAUCAAAUAAACUGUAUAGAAUAUCUACUUCCUAAUUUGAAGUAUUUUUCUGAGUACUCUUUAAAGAUAAAUAAUACCUCUGAGAAAGUCAUCUUCAUACAGGAAAUUUAGAGUCAUUGCAUGAUGCUCAAAGUCCUGUAGAGUGACUGCAUCACGCAGUUGAACAAAUAUACAGAUCUUGAAACUUUCUCUCCUUUCAUGAAUGUUUUCAACCUUUCAACUCAUGAAGAAAAUUUACUCACCCUUAAAUACAAAAUCAUCUAUGAAAAUUUUGUGAUUCCCACAUAAAAUGUUAUUUAAACAUAUUUUAUUCUAGCAAAGGACAAACCAGAGAAUUGACCAGGAUAGAGUCUUCAUCAACUCAGGAAACCUUAUCAAGUAAAUAUUGGAAAUAGAAAUCAAAUAACUGUUUCCUUCAUUUAAUCAACACUUGUUGGAAUAACUUUCAGUUUGCUGCUAGCUGCUACGAGCAGCUCAGAGAGCUAGGAAAACCCUUGUUUGUACAGACCUGACAAUAACACCUGUAGGACAGGGUGCUCUGCUCUGGCGAGCCAUCAGUGAAACCACAAUCUCAGUGCUUGAGGUCAGCAUUGCCAAGCUACAAGGCCAGAAACUGAGAAUUAGGUGCUUCAUGGCAUGAAAUCCCCAACUCAUAAGCCCCCCCCCCCCAGGAACAAUGAUCUUCCAGUCUGCCUUCCACCACAUAGCAAUAUUUAGAGCUUCCUCAUAGUGCGGCUACAUUAAUCAUAAGAUGAUUGGUUUCUAGAUGUUGUAUAACCUGCUUGCUUAUGUAUGAUUGGAAGAUGCAUUCUAUAUCAAGUGUAAUCACUUCUGCAUUAAACAAGCUUUCCUGGAGUCGACUGCGGUUGUCACCUGUCAGCUCUCACCAGCUCCUGGUGUCUGUGUGUUGACUCCGUGUCUCUAACCCUGCGACUGAAGUAGCCGAGUGACCAAUUGACCACAUCAGUCACCGACAGCCAGGCCUCGGAAAACGAGCCAAAAGGAGAAGAAGAGAUCAACAUGACUCCCCACUGGACAGCACACAAGAUAACCUGAGUUUAUAUCAAAGCCCUAUCAGAUCAAGCUCAGACCAUGUCACCUGCCGGAGACCAGAACACUUCUUGCUUAUGUGUGCAAUUAUAACUUGCAACUCACAGGUAAGUGCACAACAGGUAAGUAUGAAAGAAGAAAGGCCUCUGCCUAACAGCCUAAUAACUCAAGGCCCCAUGCUGGCCUGUCAGAGCAAAAUGAACAUACUUCAAAGCAUGGCCCGUGUGGGAAGAAUUACUUUGCAGUCAGCUAUAACACAUGAAUGGCUGUCUGUGGGACAGUUGUCCUCUAGUGGAGAGCCUCUAGUAUUAUCUAGUGGCAAAAACCCUUCCGUGAGCAAAAUACUCUUGCCCCUGCAAUUAAAAAACCAUGAGAGCAAUCCACGCUCAAUAAAUUAUGAUCAGGAUGUUUUACAUACUUAUCUCUCAAAUCUUGCAGAAUGCAUCCCAAGGACAAAUCUCAGAAGGACAACGGGAGCCCUCUGGAUCAACAUCAUCAUAAGGCUUGCAGUCCUCACAGCCACGAUUGCAACUACCACUCUUACCGCUCUCCUGUACCCCACCAAAAGGACCACACCCAACUGAUUGGAAACAACUUAUGCUGUUGCUGGGAGUUUAAUUGGACUUUCCCCUUCUUUUGCAUCAACACAGAAAAGGACCUCCUUUAUGCUAUUGUGCAUCAUUCUGUCAUUCAGCCUGCAAAUACAUGCUUGGUGGGUAGGGGCUCCAUCUCCCAGGAUUCUUUUACCUGUUGGUUUGGAUGAUACUUUCUUGUUUGCUACUGAUAUUUCCUUGAGAUGCCCUGUUACAUCUGACCCAAUAGCAAGGCACCCUUGGAAUAUGUCACUCUCACUUGAUCAUUUAUGGGCCUUUGCUACAUUAAGAAAUGUGUCUAGGGCACAGAGGUUAUGUCAGUUUUCAGUUUGCCUUCAUAAAGAUAUUCUUUGGGAACCAAGAAUAGGAAGCAUUAUAGGUUUUCGGCUACUCUCCUUAGAAGGAGAAGCAAAAGUAGUCUCUCUCAGUGAUCUGCCUACUGGCAUGCCCCCUCAUGCUAAAGACUCACAUUAUUGGCCCCAACCCUUCCUGCAGCAAUUUCCAUGGAGAAAAUUUAAAGAUAUCAGUGAAGGUAUACCUCUAAGAGCUCUAUCUUGGAGAGACUGUCUCUCCCUUUCCAGACCCUAUCUCAUUUCUGAUGAGCUUAUUAGUUGGUCCAGACCCUAUACAAAAGGUGGACAGAGAAUGGAAUUUUCAAUAGAAACAAAUACAUUAAUAUUUAAAUAUCAUACAGAUUGGAUAACCAAUGCUCAAAAUACAAAAGAAAGACAGACAGGAGACUUUUUGCAAUUAGGCAAACAAUUGUUAUGUGGUGCUUACAAAUGUAUAGAUAUGAGUCUUAUUGUCACCAUGAAUACCAUUAGGUUUAAUGUCUCUUUUGAAAAACCCUCAGCUAAACAUGCUACUAAAGGCCAUGUAUGUGUUAAGCCACCCUUCUUCUUUGUAGCCUCCACUCAGAACCACAAAAGGAUCAUCUUUAUUGUAAUAAUUCCCAAUGUGAGUUAACUGAUUGCUGGAAUUCCUCAGUUAAGACAGUAGUGGUAAUGAGAACACCCCCCAUGUUAUGGUUUCCAACAGAGGAUGACUCCUCCAUUCAAAAGUUUCAUUUUACAAAAGAUAUUUCCCUUCCCAGAGGUAAGCGAGAUUUGGGGAUUACUGCUGCCAUAUGGCUGCCUCCCUCUCUGCGAUUGUAGCAGCUACUGCUGCUGAUGUAGCCUUGACCCAGUCUACAACAAAUGCUGCAACCAUUAAUCAGGGAGUGCUCCAUCAAAUCCCUGACCACCCAGGAGUGACUAAACCUGCAAUUGCAUAACCUGCUUGCUUACAUAUGAUUGGAAGAUGCAUUCUAUAUCAAUUGUAAUCACUUCUGCAUUAAACGAGCUUGCCUGGAGGUCAACUAAGUUUGUUACCUGCCAGUUCUUAUGAGCUCCAGGUGUCUGUGUGUUGACUCCAUGUCUCUUAAUGUAACAACAACAGAUUGACCUUAUUGAUGAAAAAAUUGAUAGGCUUCAAUUGAAUGUUAGAGUGCCCUGCAGUCCUCAAUUUCUGUAUAAUUUUCAAACCCCUGUCUCAAUAAAAAAUGUAACAGAAGCUCUGCUUGAACUAGCAAAUAGACUUAAGGGACCUUGGGAUAUGACUUUUAGAAAUUUCACUAUGAUGCUGCAUGCUCAGAUUCUCAGCCUAAAUGAAACCAGAGCAAAGCUAAUUCUUAACCCCUCAAUCUUACAAUGGCUAUGGGAUAAAUUGUCAGCUUUAAUUGACCCUGCUAAUUGGAUCCUUGCUGGUAUUGGCAUAGUUUUUCUUGUUUUACUAUAUGCUCUUUUAAGAUGGUUCCAAAAAAGGCUCAACAAAGUAGAGAUAAAACAAGGUUCUUGCAUGUAAGGAAAGUCAAAAAGAAAAUAAUGAUUCCCUGGCAUCCGUAUGAGUGGCAGCUAUGGAUCGGAUCUAAGUAGUACAAACUAGGGUUCAGAUUUCUAUGAGGGAUCAUGCCCUGAGUCUUAGCACUGCUCUCCUUUUCAUCUAUCUAUGUCUCUCAGUUCGGUCACAAUAUUACUGUUUGUCUAUGGCCUUUCUCCUUUCUUCCUGAAUGCAGCCUCACCAACCCAGUGCUAUGAGCUGGGCCCUCCAUGGAGAAGAAAUCUGAGUUUCCUGAUCCUAAGGUAAAUGCCAGCAUGGAGGCCACAGGGGCAUUUUCUAUCCAGGAGACAGAGAACCCUCUCUGGGGCAAUGCCUUGCACACUUCACAUCACCCUAUUUGGCCCCGGAAGAUGGCUGGUUAGUCAAUGACGGGUAAGAUUCCUCAAGGGAGGAACAACCUAAGACAGGCACAGCCACAGAGGGGCCAUCAGGAGAAAACUUGGGGACGAACAGAGGUGAAUCACAGAACCUCACCCCCCACCAACUGUGCAAAGACCUAAGUCUUCACCCCAUCUGAGAGGGGUCUCCUGCCCCCAUGGCUGCUUUGCUCUUGAUGCCCAGCUCCGAUCGGGACCCAAGAGACAGAUAGAGACCUACUCAACAGUGGCUGCCUCACCACAGCAGGAAACAACUGAAGCUACAAGAAAAGGCUAUAUUUAGGUGUUUCUCCUUUCUCUUCCUUGGUUAUUUCCCUUUUUCCUUUCUUCUCUCAGCAUGGUUCUCCUUUGGCAAAAAAUUGAAUAAAAAGGGAGAAAAUGUUGGAAUAACUUUCAGUUUACACCUAGCAGCUAUGAGCAUCUCAGAGUGCUAGGAAAACCCUUGUUUGUACAGACCUGACAGGAACACCUGCAGGACAGGGUGAUCUGCUCUGGCGAACCAUCAGUGAAACCACAUUCUCAGUGCUUGAGGUCAGCGUUGCCAAGCUACAAGGCCAGAAAACUGAGAGUUAGGUGCUUCAGGGCAUGAAAUCCCAGACUCAUAAGGCCCCCUCCCCUAGGGACAAUGAUCCUUCCAGUCUGCCUUCCACCGCAUAGCAAUAUUUAGAGCUUCCUCAUAGUGUGGCUACAUUAAUCAUAAGAUGAUUGGUUUCUAGAUGUUGUAUAACCUGCUUGCUUGUGUAUGAUUGGAAGAUGCGUUCUACAUCAAUUGUAAUCACUUCCACAUUAAACCUGCCAGCUCUCACCAGC